GCACACGAAGCCUCACAUCACCAACAGCAGGCAGCACAGAACAGUUUGUUGCCUCUCCUGAGCUCUGCUGUUGAGCCACCUGAUCAGAAGCCGAUUCUGCCCUUACCAAUAACGCAGAAACCUCAACCUGCACCAGAAACAUUAAAGGAAGCUAUUGUUGGGAUUAAAAAGGAAAAACCUAAAACCUCCUUUGUGUGCACUUACUGCAGCAAAGCUUUCAGGGACAGCUACCAUUUGAGGCGUCACGAGUCCUGCCACACAGGGAUAAAGUUAGUGUCACGGCCAAAGAAAACUCCCACCACAAUGGUGCCCCUUAUCUCGACCAUCGCUGGUGACAACAGCCGAAGUUCCUUGGUUUCGACUAUCGCGGGCAUCCUGUCCACAGUCACUACGUCUUCCUCUGCCACAAACCCCAGCAGCAGUGCCGGCGCGACGGCCAUGGCAGUGACUCAGACAGUGAAGAAGCCCAGCAAGCCCGUUAAGAAGAACCACGCUUGCGAGAUGUGCGGGAAGGCCUUCAGGGAUGUCUACCACCUCAACCGGCACAAGCUGUCCCACUCAGAUGAAAAACCCUUUGAAUGUCCCAUUUGCAAUCAGCGCUUCAAGAGGAAGGAUCGCAUGACAUACCACGUGAGGUCUCACGAAGGUGGCAUCACCAAACCAUACACCUGUGGUGUUUGUGGAAAAGGCUUCUCGAGGCCUGAUCAUUUAAGCUGUCACGUUAAACACGUUCACUCAACAGAGAGACCCUUCAAAUGCCAAACGUGCACUGCUGCCUUUGCCACCAAAGACAGACUGCGGACACACAUGGUGCGCCAUGAAGGAAAGGUAUCGUGUAAUAUCUGUGGUAAACUUCUGAGUGCAGCAUAUAUCACCAGCCACUUAAAGACACACGGGCAGAGCCAAAGUAUCAACUGUAAUACCUGUAAACAAGGCAUCAAUAAAAGUAGGUGAACGUUUUAAAA